CCGGAGCUGGCUGGGAGGUGGGAGUAUUUACUUUUACUCCUUUUCUGUGUUCAGUUCACCUCGUGGGGUUGGUUGUGGAAAGCGGGGGAGGGGGAGUUCCCAAAUCUAGUGAAAUUUCCAUUCCAUGGGUAUUACCAUGCCUGUGGGGUUGGCAGUUCUUAAAGUUUAGCAAGUCUGCGAAUAACUACAGAACACAAUAGAGUCCCCCUCCCUUCCUCUCUCUUUUUUUUCUUUUCCUGCUUCCAAAUGCCUUCUUCGAGGCUGAAGCUGGGCUGGUCUCCAAAGGUGUAGCAGCCACAACAAUCCCGCAGUUCAAAGUGAAGCAGCAGUUGCACAACUCCCAGCAGCUCUCUUGCCGGCUACUAAUGAGCUGAAAGCCAGGAACAUCUGAGGAGGUGAAGAGGAAGCUCCCAGUCCUCCCCCCUCUUCACCCUAGAAAUCCAGACAUCCCCGCCCCCCACCCUCAGAUAACUUUGAGAUAGGGUCCUUGCUGUUGGCUUGCCUGGCGGACCAUGGCUCCCUUUGGAAGAAACUUGCUCAAGACCCGGCAUAAAAACAGAUCUCCAACUAAAGACAUGGAUUCAGAAGAGAAGGAAAUUGUGGUUUGGGUUUGCCAAGAAGAGAAGAUUGUCUGUGGGUUAACUAAACGCACCACCUCUGCUGACGUCAUCCAGGCUUUGCUUGAGGAACAUGAGACCACAUUUGGAGAGAAACGAUUUCUUCUGGGGAAGCCCAAUGAUUACUGCAUCAUAGAAAAGUGGAGAGGCUCAGAACGGGUCCUUCCUCCACUGACUAGAAUCCUGAAGCUUUGGAAAGCAUGGGGAGAUGAGCAGCCCAAUAUGCAAUUUGUUUUGGUCAAAGCAGAUGCUUUUCUUCCAGUUCCCUUGUGGCGGACAGCUGAAGCCAAAUUAGUGCAAAACACAGAAAAGCUGUGGGAGCUCAGCCCAGCAGACUACAUGAAGACAUUACCACCAGAUAAGCAAAAAAGAAUUGUCAGAAAAACUUUCCGGAAACUGGCUAAAAUUAAGCAGGACACGGUUUCCCAUGAUCGAGAUAGUAUGGAGACGUUAGUUCAUCUGAUUAUUUCCCAGGAUCAUACUAUUCAUCAGCAAGUCAAGAGAAUGAAAGAGCUGGAUCUGGAAAUUGAAAAGUGUGAAGCUAAGUUCCACCUCGAUCGGGUGGAAAAUGAUGGAGAAAAUUAUGUCCAGGAUGCAUAUUUAAUGCCCAGUUUCAUUGACAUUGAGCAAAAGCUAGGCUUGCAGUAUGAUGAAAACCAGAUUCUGGAGGACCUGAGUGAAAGUGAUGGAAUUAUACAGCUGGAGGAACGACUAACAUAUUACAGAAUGCUCAUUGACAAGCUCUCCGCUGAAAUCGAAAAAGAGGUAAGAAGUGUUUGCACUGAGAUAAUUGAAGAUGCAGAAGGGGCAGCUGCCGGUGAACUUGAAAGCUCUAAUUUAGAAAGUGUUAAGUGUGAUUUGGAGAAAAGCAUGAAAGCUGGUAUGAAAAUUCACUCUCACUUGAGUGGCAUCCAGAAAGAGAUUAAAUACAGUGACUCAUUGCUUCAGAUGAAAGCAAAAGAAUAUGAACUCCUGGCCAAGGAAUUCAAUUCACUUCACAUUAGCAACAAAGAUGGAUGCCAGCUAAAGGAAAACAGAGGGAAGGAAUCUGAGGACCCCAACAGCAGUGGGGAGAUUCCUCCCUUUACUCAAAGAGUAUUUAAUGUGAAUACAAAUGACACAGACUCGGACACUGGCAUCAGCUCUAACCACAGUCAGGACUCGGAAACAACUGUACCAGACGUGUUGCUGUUGUCAACGUAAUUCGAAUGGCUUCUUUCUGAUCUAUUUUAAUGUUGUUCAUGUUUGUUUAAUUUAACAGGAGACUUUAUUUUAAAUAUUACAUUCUGAAAAAAAUGUAAAUCAUGUUCAAGUAUUCAGUAGUUAAUAAAAACUAUAGAAAUUUGUAAUUUGUUUUUGAUAUAAGAUUUCCACUGUGAACAAAUUAUUACAAGUUCAAAGGAUGAACUGAUUAUUAGGAAUGCAGCACAAAUAGCUUGCAGGUGUGUAACAGAAAUCAUUUGAUGGGAAUUAUAGUCUCCCAUAACCUCUAUGAGAAGUGGUUUAUACAAAGUUAAAACUUCUUAAUAUUAGGCAGUCAAGAUGUUGAAACUAUAUACAUGAACAAGUAAAAUUAAUGUGCUAAAAUAUAUUUUUUCAACACUGUAUCUUUUAAAUGUGUAAAGUACAUGGCAGCUACUAUAUUGUAACUCUGCUAAUUCAAAUCUUGGUUCUUCUCAUUGAUAUUUACAAUGUGCAUCAUCUCUGUUACUUCCCGAACCCCUCUACCUAUUGAGGCCUAGACGACAGGAGGUGGGAAGCACUGUUUUUGGGACAUGUAGAAAUACCAGCAGUGGAUCAGAUGGGGGUAUAGAUGAGGAAGGGCCAAGUGCUGUCUAUAACAGCAGUUUUUCUAAAGAAGCCUAAAAUUAUUAAGAGGUAUGUAUGUACUUUCUCUAUCUGACAAUGCAAAUCUUUUGAUCAAACCAAUGGUCUGUGCGAGUUCAUUUUCUGAAUGAGGUCUGGUGUGGGUUACAGAGAAAAUCACAAGGUCAUAGUCCUGAUUGUUUAGGCCUUAUCCACAAAAGUUGAAGGGAUGAAACUUGGGAGUCCUUUGUAUGGGUGAAAUAAGAGUUCUAUAGGCCUUAGGUAUUAGCAUUUUUGUCUCUGAACAUACAGAGAGGGACUCACGUGGACAGAAACCUUUUAUUUGGCUAUAUUAUAAUUCAGAUUGUCUUUAUAUAGUACUUCAUCUAAGGGGCAAACUAAAAUAAGUACUAGCUGAACCCCCAUCUCACCCCCGAGCAUGAUAGUAAAUAUCCAAUAAAUUGAAUGGAUUAUUUAGAUCCUACCUUGACUGACAAUCAUUAUAGUGCCAGACUAUGCUUGUUUUGCUUGGUUUUUACUUAGGAAUUUCUUUCUUCCUCGCUCUCUCUCUUCUCUCCCUUCCUUGCUUCUUGCCAGUGAACACAUGAUACAAUCAUAUUGAAGACAAUUAGUUUUAUUGUUUAUUGUACUGUUAAAUGAAUACUGCUGCGGUUUAUUUUUUCUUUAGCUGACACUUUUCCUGUGUGUCCUGUAUGUGUCCUGUGUGCACAUGUAAGUAGAAAUAUUAUUUUGCUUAGUUUUAAUAUGUCAAUAUUGGUUAAGAAUCCCAGUAUUUCUCAUCUCUUCCCUUUUGUUCUUAUGCUUACUGCAGUACAUGUUUUAACUCAGUCUCUAUUUUUUUAUUCCUCCAUCCCCCAGACUUUUCACCAAUCUUUGGGAAGACAUUUAGAAUUUUCUUAGUAUUUCACUUUUGGGGAGCAUCUAUGUUAUCAUUUCUUGCACCAAGAUGUUGCUGAAGGCUUUAUCCGAAGUUGGCUGAUAAGAAAAAUAGGAAUUUCCAUUCCAGGGAGAAUACAGUAAUAAAAGAGUAAGUAAUAAUGCUAACAUAGGUUUAAUUAAAAAAAAAAUAAGAAGGGAAUUAAAUAGUACUCUGAGAAAGAAAAGUUUAUCUGCCUACUAUCCCAUUAAAUCACUCAGCAAUAUGGUAAGCUGUUGAUAUGUUCAUGGUUCACUACUAGGGAUUAAAUUCAAAUCGUCAUCAACGAUAAACCAAUUGUAAUGCUGUUUUCCUAAAGUGAAAGUAAUCUCUUUGGAUUAGUCUUUAGUCAGAAAAGAGUGAAAAGAACAUUACUUAUCUGCUAUAUAAUUUGAUUAAUUAUCUGAAUUCAAAAGAGGUUCUAAUGCGAAAUAGGACUGGACAGAUAAUUUCAUUUUAGAAACUUUAAAUUAACUGCUGCUUUUAUACACUUAAGCACAGUAUGCCUUCUGAGGGCCAAUUCUAUAUGUUUAUGGUAAAUAAUGUUAAAAACUCUUGUCAGAAAGUGGAACUAUUGAUUUUUAAAAUCACUUUAGAAUUUCUAUUUUUGCUUUAGUUGUAUAAAAUAUAUUUGUGCUUUUGAUUCAUUACAAUAUUAAAACAUCAGUUACAACGGUGAAUCUCUAAUUUAGAGUAAUAAUACAAGUAAGAAUACUAAAAUACAGUGUCCUGAUCUCUGGAUACUGAGCUAUUCUUUAAAUUAAGUGAGAAUUCGAAUUAUAAAUACAGAACUUCAUAGAAACUUUAAUGUUUAUUAUUUAUAGAAGCUUUACAGUAGUGUUCAUAAAUUCUUGAGUAACCUGACAGGUUAGCUAUGAAAUUGGUAUAUGCAGCUGGAAGUAGCAAACCAAAGCUGACUGUUCUUCCUCCUAUAACAAGACAUAGAUUUUCAUAGACUGUGUCUUGUUCAUCCUCCCACUUGGAAUGUCUCUUUUUUCCUCCAUCUGCCUUACACUGAAAUCUUACCCAUUUUCAGUCUUUUUAAUGUUAUCUCUUCUAUGAAACAUUUAUUGUUCCAUUCAACCAGUUGUAAUAGCUUAUCUCCGAAUCCACAAGUAUUUUAGGUGUACUUUUCUUAGAGCAGCAUUUAUAUUCUGGCUUAGCUUAUAUUUAUUUAUGUAAUUAUCUAACUUCACUCCUCCAAUAUAUUUUUGAUUAUCUUACUUUGUCUUCUAUCGUGUUAACCUUACUUCUUCCAAUCAACCUCUUUGUCCCUACUCAAUUUUUGAAUUGAAUUGCUAAAUUUUAGAAAAUUGUAAACUUUUAAAAAAAUUAUUUCUGUACAUGGUAAAUGAUG